UUGUUCAGAACCAAACAUUGAGGUCAACAUAUUCUGUCCGUCCUACAUCUAAUCAUAGUUUGAUGGUUAGAAGCAUCAACUAGAAAGAAAGACUGAAGUUCUGGAUAAGUUUGCCACUGAGCCUGACUUUCACCUUUGGCUUUGAAGAAAGACUGACUUUUUAUUUUAGUACCUUUUAAUGGGGGGGUUCAGUUUUUCAUGUCACGUGUGGCACACCAUGUAUUUUAUACUGAAACUUUUAUAUGUACAUGUUAAUUGCUGUUGCAAGGAGUUAUAAAAUAAUUUAUGUGUUCUCAAAUUGAAAUCAGGACACAUUGCCAAUUUAACAAUUUCAUAUGAUUAUAUGUUCAAAAUGCCUCUUUUAGCCACAAAUUCUCAGGAAUGUCUUUGAGUUUAGUGGUGAUUAAAUAAAAUGAAUCAUGAUUAGUAAGGUAAUUAUCAAAUCAUUUGGUUUGAACAUUUAUGUAAUUAUCAAAUGUAACUAUGUAUUUUCAAUACUUUUUACUAUUGCCAGAUGUAUAGUAACCUGUACAAAACACGGAUUGUGUGGAGAAAGAACUGUUUGGUAUUAAUUUUGCAAUCUGUUUUUAAAGUUUGGGAUAAAUAUUGUGUUAUUUUGGGAAGCACGUUUUUACCUGUUUUUACAUUUUUUUAGCUUUUCUAUGUGCUUGUACAUUGCGCAUUUCAUGCCAAUUAAACCAUAGUUUUUUAACAGUGCUCGUCUGGCUGUGUUGUAUGAAUGGGACGGACUCAGCCGGUGGGUGAAACGGGCUGUUCCACCAGCGUCCGCCAGGCGGCGCUGCAGCCGCUGGCUCGGGUCAAUGCGGACGCAGAAGAAGACGUUUCCUACCUGGUGCCGAAGCUGCAGGAGAGGCUACAGACACGCUGCAGCUGACACAAGUGAACGCUGGAGACCUAACGGAACCACUGACCCAACAAGAAACAUGUGGAGGCUGAACAAAGUUCGCCACAAAUCUGGACGGCAAGGCGACAGCUUGGAGGAGCUGCGAUUAAAACGGAGGGAGCACGAACGAGCUCUGAGACAGGCCCGCAGAGACAGACAGCUGGUGAGCAGGAGACUGCUGCUGACUGAGGAUGAGGACCAGGCAGAGGUCACCAUGGACACCGCCUCAGAGGGACAGGGAGUCGUUGACGUGUUCCACAAAAUCCACCACAGCGGACCGGACAGAGAGGCCCACAUGAAAGUUCUGAGUAAAGCUCUCCGGGACCCCUCGGCGCAGCUCACCUUCAUUAAAUUGGAGAACAGCAUGCACCUGCUGGUCGGCCUCCUCACGGGCUCUGACGCCCGCUGCCGUCUGCAGGCAGCUCGGUGUCUUCACGAGCUGUCUCGCUCUCCCCACAGGGACGUGGCCCCAGCCUGUCUCCCCGCCACGUCCUACCUGCUCACCUACCUGUCUGGCCAGAGCACCAGGUUCACAGAACUGUGUCUCUACACGCUGGGCAACCUGUGCCCAGACAGUGAGGUGGUACAACAGAAACUCCUGGCCCAGGGAAUCAUACCAGCUUUGGCCAGUUGUAUGGAGAUCCAGAGACAUAAUCCAGCGGUGGUGGAAGCAGUGGGAUUCACACUCUCUCAGCUCCUCCAGACAAACGAUGCAGCAGUGAAAGUAAUCCCGACGGUGCUGGCCUCCAGCUUACCUGCACAGCUGUUAUCAGUCCUGGCCCCUGAUCCAAACUUUGCCCUGGCGCCUGCCAUUGAGAGCGCGUGGUGUCUGCACUACCUCACAAGCAGCUCUCGGGAUAAUAAAGAACUUCUGUCUCGUGGGGCCCUGUUGCAGUGCAGUUCCUUGUUAGUGUCACUAGGUGGUGCUGAAGGAAACAAAGAGGAAGGAUUAGAGCUGCUCGUCUGUCCUCUGCUGCGCUGUGUGGGAAACCUCCUGUGCUGCUGCCCAGUGGAGGAGCUGAACACUGCGGUGGCGGAUCCCCAGCUUGUUAUUUGUCUGUGUGCGCUUCUUCAGAACUACCUGCAGACACAGCCGGCUUUGGCCAGAGAGAGCGCCUGGGUCCUCAACAACCUCACAGCUCACUCCAACACUUUCUGCUCCGCUCUGUUAACUUUUAACCUGGUCUCCGGAAUGAUCCAUCUUCUGCCUUUCUCUCAAGGCAUUAAUACACUGAUCCUCAGGGUCCUUGCAAACAUCGCUCACAAGAAGAAGGACUUCUGCGUGCAGCUGGCCCAGCUCGGCCUACUGUCCGCACUGUGUGCCACGCUGAAAAUGGCCGACCAAGAAAUGGUGACCCUGAGCCUGGACGUCCUCUUCAUGCUCGUAGUUAGCGCUCCACAGGUGGCCGAAGAGUUUGUGCAGCAGGGUGGAGUUUCACUGCUAGAAGCCAUUCAGUACAACAGUGAAGGAGAGAUGAGAGGAAGAGCAACCUACCUCCUAGAGCAUCACCUGCUGUCCCAGUAAGGAGACUUCACCCUAAAGACUUGUGAAGACUUCAGUUUUCUCUGUUGAAUUUGGACUCAUUUAAAAACAACAGACAAAUCCUAUGAAACAACACAUCAAGAUAACACUCACACAGCUUCACAGAACAUCCUGAAGCACCGACACCACUGGAUUUGUUUACAUUUUGUGAGGUUUUAAUUAUGUAUCUUACUGACAGCAUCUCUAAUUUUAUAUUUAAAGUCAUUUUUACAGAAUCGUGUAAACAUGGUAAUAUGUAUUUAAUAAACUUCAACAUUGUUAUUAGCAAAGGGACUUUGAUGAGGGUGCUGAAAACCAAUGGUAGGUUUAUCAUGACCGAUUAUGAAAUAUGUGUAAAUUUAUUAUAAUAUAAUGCAGUUAAUUAAAAAUUUUUCAACAAGAGAAUAA